AUGUCUGGGUAUAAGCAAGAAUUGCAGGCAGUAUGUGGAGACUUUCAAGGUAUGGAAUUGGUGGAAUGCAUACAAGUCAAGGACUCCAAUAGUAAAGAGAGACUCAGGCCUGGGACUAUAGGCAAGCCCAGGCAGCCUCAGAGCUCAGAUGCCUCAGGCAAUCGUGCGAUUCAGAUGAUGGAGAAUCUUUUCUCUUUUCUGGAAAGCAAUACUGGGCUAUGGCUGAGCCCUGCCCUAGAGUUUUUGGAUACUGUCCCCAGCAGCAUCUUUAUAGCUGGGGUGGUAUUGCUCCUUCUGCACCUGUGCUACCUGGUGUUGAGAGUGUUUUUACCCACACUCUGGAAAAAAACCGACAUCCCAAAGGGAUUCAGUGCAGCUUGCCCUUCGCACAGGGAGGGGGAGCCAGAGCAACAGGUGUGGAGUGAAGGCCUUGGGAGGGGCUGGAGCUGUUGUGAGGUGGUGGAUGUGGGCAAUGUGAAGGACCCCCAGGGCCAGCAUCAUGAUGUUGCCUCCUUGCAGCAACUGUUAAAUCCAGACAUCCUCUGUGAGAUGGUUAAUAUGUCAAUGGCUGAGGUCAGUCAACUACUACCUCUGGCAUCCUUGCAAAAUGUUGCACCCACUCAGACUCCUUUGGAAUCCACAGCUUAUGUGAGAGAAUCGUCACCUUCCAAGACCCCCAGUCUCUCCUCAGUCCCUCCAGAGGAACUGUUGCCAGCCCCUCUGCCUAAGCUUUCUCCACCUGCCCCGUUCCCUCUCUCACCUAACAAGGUCACCCCCUCAGCUGACCUACUCUCACCCUCCCCAUUGGGUGACUCUCUGCCACCAGUGCCUCUGCCUCCCUUGGAUUCCCCAGCGCCUCUGCCUCCCUUGGAUUCCCCAGUGCCUCUGCCUCCCUUGGAUUCCAAGUCCCCAGGGGUACCAUUCCCACCCUCACCACCUUCCCUUCCCCCUCCCACACCUCAUCACACUCAGAAAGCAGGAACUCUUCUCCCACAAGACGCCACUCUGUCUGUGGUGAGCAGUCCUGCUGGCUUGUCCACUUCUGUCCCACCAAGAGGCAUGGGCCAUUCCAGCACAGAGCCUCCUGCCAAGAACGUGCUCACUUCCAGUUUGGCAAAAGAUGGUGUGAAACAGUCCUUUCUCGCCCUCCAUUCUGAGAACUUAUCUGGGGGAGACACUGCAGCCUACCUUGUAGAGACUUCUAACAUCUGGUUUCUGCCCCCUGCUGUUCUGACAUGCCUGGAGAGACAAAUCAAAAAGAGGGGUGAUCUCCUCAUGUGGAAAGAAAAGGGAAAGAAAGCAGAAUCUUUUCCAAAACAACAUAAGCCAAACUACCAACUAUUUUCUUCAGGGAAAAGGUCAGGGUCAAUUGCUGAUCAGCAUGACUCAGCCCUCUCCCUUCCUUUAUGGAGCAGAACAGGUAAAUCAGAGGAACCUCAGGUGCAUCCGCAGUCCCCGUAUCCUGAGAGCACUGAGGACCAUUUACAGCAAAAAUACACCCAGCUUUUCUGGGGUCUGCCAACUCUAUGCCCCAAGUCCCUGAAACCUACUGUACCUUCUUCAGGUGACUGUUCCUCAGCCUUUGUCUGCUUCAAUACUGCACCUGACACCUCCACACGCCCCAAAUCCCCAGUCCUUCCCCAUUCCCCACCUGUGCUCUUGCCUGCGAGCCAACCUCAACCCUUGCCCCAAACCCUUUGCCAGUAUCAGUCCCAACAUCACUCCGUUGUCCAUGUCCAGGCUAAGCUUCGGAUUCGGUCCCCACUUCCCAUCCUGCUCUCCCCUCCUAAAAAGCAAUUUAGGAACUGUGGAGUGUGUUUUCUUGGACCUCAGAACGAGGCGCUAACUCUGGCACCAUCUGACAUUCGUAAACUGGAAUACAAUGUGUUACAAAAAACACAGGAAAGUUUAUGGGGCUUACCCUCUGUGGUCCGCAAAUCCCAGGAGGAAUUUUGCCCUCCAGCUCCCAACAUUUUGUUGGUCAGCCAGCCCUCCAAGGCUCGUGCUCCAAUCUCCAUCCUUCUUGGAGAUUUUCCCCUUGCAAAAGAUGUUCAGAAGAAACUAGACCACCACCUUCGAAAGAGGCGCAUCCAACACUUGUGGGGUCUGCCCCGCAGAGUCUAUGCAUCCCUAUCACUGAUGCGUCCUCAAGGAGAAAUUCCUGAGACCUCUGAGUCAAAGAGCAGUCGUGGCCUCUCAAGAAUGUCUUUGGCUAAGAGUCAAAACACCAAAGAUAUGAAUAAGUGGGGCUCGAGUCAACCCAGAAGUCUCCAUUACAGGAGCUCAGGAAUGGUUCCUCUAGAGAUGCGAGUGAGGAAAGGACAGAGAAAUAGUACCAAGAGUGACCAAAAUUGUCAUGUGUCCAGUGACCGAGAGGAGACUCCAGAUAAUGUUCUGGGGUCUUCCUUAAGGAAAGACCGAGAACGUUACUUGCAGUGUUCAUCAGGGAGAACUUCAGGGAUCUCAAUGGUGAGCCCACUUCAGAAACAUCUUGAAAAUACCCUGAAAGUCCACCUGAGCAAGAAGUUUGAGGAAAUCAGCGAGGGUCAUAUUCCUGACACUGUACAUAGAUCAUGGCAUUCUAUCAAGUUCUCAAUGCCUGUUACUGAGAAAUCCACCAGAAAUAUGAGACAAAAACCUCUGGCACCAUCCAGAAAGGACAGUUUCGUCAAUACUACCCAGGAUAUUUUCUUUCUUGGUCCUGACAAACAGAAGAUGUUGGAAGACCAUAUUACACUCUUUCAUAAGAGAUUGGCAUAUGGGCUUCCCAUCAGGGUCCAGGAAUCCAUAGAGAUCUUUAGUGACAAAGAUUCAUCUCAUUUCUUUUCCCACUCCAACUUUCCCUCUUGUGCCACCAUUAUUUCUGGGAUAGAGUCUAAACAGAGCAUUUCCAAGACCCCUGGAGGAGAAUAUGAUCCUUUUCAUGGAGAACAAGUGAAAACCCAAAAUUCAGUUCCCAUUCUAGUUGAUCCUUUCCCUGACACCUCAACCAUGGUCAAGAAGGAACAGGGGAUCGUGAUGCAACCACUCUUGGACAUCAAACAUGAGCACGUAGAGGAUCUUCACAGAGUAAAGGCUAGCAAACCAUCUCUUCUGUGUCAGACACACAGCACCAUAGGAAUAACCAAACCACUUGUAGCAGCCAAUAGAUGCAGCCCAAAGCUGCCCACGAGGCAAGCCGGGGCUGGAUCUCAGCAAACACAGAAGAGAAGGAGUUCCAGUUAUAGUGUAGAAAUGCCUCAGGGCAAAAGGAUGACAUGGGGAAGUUCUUCCAUGUCUAAGAUGUCUGAGAAAUCCAGGGAGAUGCUGAAGGCACAGGAGCUCUGUGCUUCUCAAUCACCACCCACUAGUGUCUUGACAACUAGAAUGUCAGAAAGUUCCCCAGUGUCUGAUGUGCAAGUAGAAAUGGCCCUGACUCCUGAAAAUUCCCCAAAAGGAACAUCAACAGGGCAAGAUCCUGAAUUAUCAGACCUUAACAGUCCAUUGUCUGGUGAGUUAAUGGUUGAAAUGAAGAAGCGGGAGCAUAGCCAGAAUCAAGGCCAUCGCAGUGACAUGACCCUUGUUUCCGAUGACUUGACUUCCAAGACCUUCCUUACACAUGACCAGGACACUGCCAGUGGCAACAUGUCAGUUUCCCAGGUCCUGCAUGUCCACCUGGACAGCACACAGACCAGCAUGGAGCAUGGGCAGGGGCCCUGGCUCCCUGAGCUUGACUUGCACAAGGGCCAAGAUAAGAAGUGCCCAGCAGCUGCUAAGAGCAUGAUCCCUCUGGGACCCAAAACAGAUGAGCUUGGUGGAGGGGAUGCAGGGUUGGGCACAUGCCCACCCAGAAGAAGGAGCCUCCACCCUCAAGAUAGGACAUUCAAGGGGGCACUUGGGAGCAGGUCCCGCUCAGCCCAGUCACUGAAGGAAGAGCCUGCUCCUGAAAACCUCAGAAACCAGAUGAAGUCCUUUUUUCAAAGGUUUUAUCCUAGUAUAAACGGCAAAGGGCAAGAUGGUUCCCUGGAAAAGGGUAGCUCCCCAUCAUCACCUGUGCAGUCCAGAGACCUAGUCCGAAGGAGAGCUGCCUUUACUGGGAAUACUGAAGACCCCAAAAUCAUGAGAGACAAUGAGAAGUUCCGAGCAGGGAAACAUGAGCACAGAAUCAGUGUCAUUGAAAUUCCGAAUGACAGCCAAAGGAUUGCAGCAACCAAGCAAGCGAUUUACCAAGAGGAUUUUGCAGAGAGCCUUGUGGCCUUUCCACUCACCUUGUACCAUCCCAGCCCCACCGCAGUGGUGGCUUUGCAGAUAUGA